CGUUAUCAGCACGUGAUGACACAUUCUCGCACCUAUGCGACCAGCUCCCCAGAGGCAGGGCGGCCCAAAGAGGCCUCAGGUAAACGAUGGCACAAUCCUCUUCGACCGAGCAACCUAUGCAGACUUCCAAGGGAGACUCCCCACCCCACCCUGAUGCAGGUGAGUGUUUUGCUUUACGGUGCCUGUGGACUCAAUGUGACAGUGCCUCAGAUCGACCCAGAAAUCCUGUAGCCUCUCGAUCUCCCCCGCUGGUCGCAAAUGUCGACGACAAUCCACGAAGCCCCAAGCGGCGACGACUUUCCGCAGAACAGGAGCUGCAGACAGUCAAAAUUGAGGCAGAUGGGGAGGUUUCCGGUGGACAAUCGAUAGGUGCAAAAUCUACAACAACACGUGGGAGUCAAGAUGGAGGAUAUGAAACAACCCUUCCUCAGCCACGGCCUCCUUCCACGGACGGGGUGCAGCAGGGCGUCAAUUCUGUCGUCAAAACAGAAGGUUCUGAGGCACAGGCUGGGGCUGUAAAGUCUGCGACAACAACCACAGGUCCUGAUGGAAAAGCUGCGCCGAGACCUCCGCAGCAACAGUCUCCUGCAGCAAGCAGCCGACUGGAUAAUUUGCCCAUCCUCGACAAGCAGUCGUCACAGCUCUUAAGUUUCCUGUCUCGGUUGACGCCGGCCGAAGCAAUGGGACUGUCGAGUGCGCCGAGUGCCCCAACUACCAAGGAGUAUGCCGCAUUGCGCGCUUCAUUUGAUCGGACUAGGAGGCUUCUCAGUCCCGGCUGGCCCUUUCUGUCGCCGCAUGAUUUGGGACUGCGCGAUAGCAAUCAGAUCGAGAUCAUCCGCAAGGCUAACCAGGCAAUCUUCAUGUCCAGCAUUUUCACAGGGGAGAUAGGUCUUCGGGACAUGGACAGGAGUUUCCUUGCCGUGUUCGUGCCCGAAAAUGGCAAAUUACUAAAAGCGCAGGCUUCUAUGUAUCUCGAACUGAAGACCCAGGGCUUUAUUACAGCCUGGAGAACAGGUGCUGCUCCACCCAACAUUGUUAUGGCUGAUCUCUUUGGGCCUGACCUAGACAAGGCUCUCUUAGCAAGAAGGCCCGGCACGACGGGACUGGCUCCCACGGAACAGGAGUUCCUCAUCAGGCUCGCGUCCCGUCGCGAUAUUCUGCAAAGCCACGUCAAGAACAAUACCCUCGAUCAGCUCCCCUUAAAGUAUAGGUGGGAGGACUUCAGCCGAGAAGUGUCCUCCUAUCUAAUCAAGUACAUCGAAAAUCCCUCCAAUUCUGGUGAAGGUGUCUCGAACGAAGGCAAUGACCCGACGAGGAGCCUCCAUCGGGGACAGAUGGAAGGACAGUUCUCCAUCCACGGCCCACCGCUCCCAGUCUCAUCGACCGAUUCCAUUCUUUCAUCAAAACCUCAGGUCAAGCAUACUACCGAGCUGCCAGAUGACGGCGAUUUUGUUGCGCAAGCAGCAAGGGCUGCAGAGAUUGCACUUCGAAGUACCCUGGGCUUAGCGUAUUCGGAAAAGAUCCCCGAUGGACCUCCGUCAACAAGUCCAACGGUACAACAAGACACAUCUACAAUCCGUCCCCCAGCCCCGCUCCCCGAAAUACGGGACUCUAACUUGGACAGCGCCUUAUCAAAAUCACCUGCAAUCGAGCAAAAGCCCGUUACCGAGGAGAUUCCUCACGCGUCUCAGACUGCUCCUACGUCAGUUCUCUAUGAAAGAGCCCGGUUGGCGGCCACGAAGGCCUCACUUGCUCUUGAGAAGAAGCCGUUAGCGCCCAGUCAAAGACGUCCGUGGACUACUGAGGAAGAGAAUGCUCUCAUGACCGGGCUGGACCAAGUCAAAGGGCCCCAUUGGAGUCAAAUUCUAGCCAUGUAUGGGCCGGGAGGCACUAUUAGCGAGGCGCUGAAAGAUCGAAACCAGGUCCAACUCAAGGACAAGGCGCGGAAUCUGAAGCUGUUCUUCUUGAAAAGUGGCAUUGAGGUGCCCUAUUAUCUCAAAUACGUGACUGGCGAUUUGAAAACGCGUGCUCCGGCCCAAGCUCUCCGACAAGAAGCUAUGGAGCGCGACAGGCUGCUGGCAGAGGGGGAUGACGCGGCGUUAGAUGACUUGCCAGGCGAGGGUGAGGGCGAGGAACAGCUUGGGGAAGACGUAGAUGACUCUACGUUCAUCCAGGACUCACCCCUCACCAAUGGGGCCGGACAAGGCACUCCCACAGAGGAGACUAAGAAGCCUUUUGAACCGAGCAUGGCAGAUGUUGAGGCCAUCAUAGCCAAAGCAAAUGCACAAACGGCAGAGUCCGUCGGGUCGGGCAAGUCGUAGCACUAAAAGGGGAAGGCAAAACUUCCUUCUUCGAGGAAAUUGAUGCGAUCAUGCGGGAGUUGCCAAGUCUUCAUUGAUCAUUCUCAACAUUGAGCAGGAAGUUAGCGCGGCGUGAUUGGCGGAUACAAUGUCUUCUCGUGGAAGCGGAAACGCCUUUGAGGCUGGCAGGGAUCUGCUUUGAUGGAGCAAAAGAGAUAUUGUCUUGGAGAGAAAUGAGCGCAAUGUUGUAAAAUCUGUGACCGGCCAAAGUUCCUAUU